UCUGGAUUCCAGGAGGAUUUUCCUCUGCCUUGAUAAACUGUCCCAGUUUUGGAACAGGCUAUCCCAUAUCCUGUGUAGAUGUGCCAUAUUUUGGAAGGGUUUUUCUCAGUUCUCUGUCCCAUUCCUUAUCCUGCAUUUGAAAUGUAUUCUGAGGACUUUUUAUUUAUAUUUCAGACAAUAUCUGUUCCCCCUCUGAAACUUUGAUAUAAUACCUCUAGUGUGAAUUUGUGGGAAGGGGUAAGUGAAUAUUCCCUCUGGGGAAACUUGAAAUUUUGUCUACACAAAAGCCCUUAUGCAGCCACUAUAAGUGUAUUAACAUUCUGGCUGGUUCCUUUGUUCUCUUACCUAUGGCAAAUCCCUUCAUUUUUAAGAACUCUGCUAUAGAUGCAGAUAGUUUAGGGUCAUUCCUCUCCCAGGAAGUGAGUAAGACUUUAUAGUUUAUUUCAUGUAGAUGUCUUUGGAUCCUCAGCUCUCUGAGAGGAUUGUUUUUUUAUGGUGCACCCACAACAUAGGGACUGAAUCCAAGCCACAACUGUGACCUAGGUCACAGCUGCAGCAAUGCUGGAUUCUUUAACCCUUGCAUCAGGCCAGAGAUCAAACCCAUGCCUCCACCUCAACCCAAACCGCUGCAGUCUGAUUCUUGACCCACUGCACCUCAUUGGGAACUCCUGAGAGGAUUUUUUUAACCAUGAUUUUAUUACUAAUCUGUUCUGUCUUGGUCAUAGAGGAGGAAUCAACAGUGUGACUCUACAGCCUGACAAGGGAGAGUAUUGCCCCUCUUGCCUUUGAUACUCCUUUAUGCAUUUGAAAUCUUGCUGAAUUUUUCUUGAAAGCAAUAAAGACAUUGGAGAUCAAUGAUGAGAAACCAAACAAUAACAGCCUUCAUUCUCCUUGGACUGACAGAUGACCCUCAACUUCAGAUUCCAAUUUUUAUGUUUCUGUUUCUCACUUACAUGUUGAGUGUAACUGGGAAUCUGGCCAUCAUAUCCCUCACUUUAGUGGACUCUCACCUGAAAACCCCCAUGUACUUCUUCCUACAGAAUUUUGCCUUUUUAGAAAUUUCAUUUACAUCUGCUUGUAUCCCUAGGUAUUUGUACAACAUAGCCACAGGGGACCGGUCAAUUACUUAUAAUAUUUGUGUUAUUCAAGUGUUUUUUAUUGAUGCACUUGGAGUGACCGAAUUUUAUCUCUUGGCCACCAUGUCCUAUGACCGCUACGUGGCCAUCUGCAAACCCCUGCAUUAUGUGGCCAUCAUGAACAGCAGAGUGUGCAGAAGGCUUGUCCUCUGUUGCUGGACAGCUGGAAUGCUGAUCAUACUCCCACCACUUAUCAUGAUAGUAAACCUCGAAUUCUGUGACUCUAAUGUAAUUGAUUACUUUUUCUGUGAUGCAUCUCCUAUCUUAAAGAUUUCAUGCUCAGACACUUGGCUUUUGGAGCAGAUGGUGAUAGCCUGUGCUGUGCUGGCCUUCAUCACAACACUUUUGUGUGUUGUUCUGUCCUAUGUAUACAUUCUCAAGACCAUUCUAAGGUUCCCCUCUGCUCAGCAAAGGAAAAGGGCCUUUUCUACCUGUUCUUCUCACAUGAUUGUGGUUUCCAUCACCUAUGGCAGCUGCAUUUUCAUCUACAUCAAGCCUUCAGCAAAGGAAUCCGUGGCUAUUAAUAAGGCUGUGACAUUGCUCAUGACCUCCAUCGCCCCCAUGCUGAACCCUUUCAUCUACACUCUGAGAAAUAAACAAGUGAGACGAGCCUUCAGGGACUCAUUCAAAAGAAUCACAUUCCCCUCAAAGAAGUAAAAGAAUGCUGAAAUCUAGGAAUGAAGUUUUCAAAAGAUGGAGGUUCCUAAAUAUAAAUUCACUAAGACAAAAUUAUCCUGUCUUUCUCAUCUGUGCUCUAAUCUAGGCUAAUUUCCUCAAAACAUCCUUUAGACUUCAGACCAAUAUCAGUUUAUUCUUUAUUCUUCUUAUAAACGAGCUAACCACUUUAUCAAAAAAUAACUAUAUGUUCAUAGUAAAUUUAUUAAUUACUUUACCUUCUUUCCAACUUAACCAAAACUACAAAAUUUCUAAAUGGUGAAAAACAAACAUGAUGCAAAACAAAACAAAAAUUACUGCCUAACUUAUGAGAAAUGUGUUCAAAACGAAUUAACAUUACUACAAGAAAGUUGUAUUCUGAAUCUAAAAAAGAAAAAAAUAAAGACUCAGCACCACUACCUCAGCCAUGCAUACAUGAAAUUUUAGACACAGUUGGAUGGAACUAAGCUCUAUCAUAAUCCUGGCCAAUAAGUUUUGAUGAUUGAGGAUGGCCAAAUACACAACAGCAUUAAAAUAGGCAGAGGACAUGUCCUUCCAGAAGGUUUGGGAAUUUUCUCUAGGCCUAUCCAGAUCUAUUUUCAAUCCUUUUCCAUUGUUUUCUACGCUCCAGGAGACUUACCUCACACAGAUGCAUACUCAUAUAUUAAAAUCAGAUAUAAAAAUCAAUAUUUUGCUAUAGGGAUUGAAUAUAAAAUAAUAAUUAAUGAAUGGAUUUUGGAGAGCCUCUAUAGUGAGUCCAAAUUAUUUACUGUGUAAUUGUGUUUUAUCAAGGACC